UCAUCCAGAAACUCUCCAACAAUGGCUUCCUCUGCCCAAAAACCCUCUUCUUCUUCUUCUACUUCGAUCCGUAAAUAUAACUUCGAUGUGUUCUUGAGUUUUAGAGGUGAAGACACCCGCUACAAUUUUACGGAUCAUUUAUUCGUAAAUUUGCGUCGGAUGGGGAUUAACACUUUCAGAGACGAUCGACUUGAAAGAGGAGAGGAGAUCAAAUCAGAACUUUUAAAAACUAUUGAAGAAUCAAGAAUUUCCAUAGUUGUGUUCUCAAAAGACUAUGCGCAUUCCAAGUGGUGUUUGGAUGAGUUAGCGAAGAUCAUGGAGUGCAGGGAAGAAAUGGAACAAAUAGUCUUUCCAGUGUUCUACCAUGUGGAUCCUUCUGAUGUGCGAAAUCAAAAAACAGGGAGCUUCGGAGAAGCACUUUCCAUUCACGAAAGAACGGUAGAUGAGAAAAAGGUGCAAAGGUGGAAGGAUUCCUUGACAAAAGCAAGCAAUCUAAGUGGUUUCCAUGUGAAAGAUGGGUAUGAGUCAAAGCAUAUUAAGGAAAUUGUUAGCAAGAUUUUUAAAAGAUCAAUGAAUUCUACACUGUUGCCCAUUAACGAUGAUAUAGUUGGGAUGGAUUUUUGCCUUAAAAAACUAAAAUCAUUGUUAAGUAGUGACUUGAAUGACAUUAGUGUGGUUGGGAUCUAUGGAACUGGUGGAAUUGGUAAAACUACCAUUGCCAAGAUUGUUUACAAUGAGAUCCAAUAUCAAUUCACUAGUGCUAGCUUUCUUCAAGAUGUUAGAGAGACAUUCAACAAGGGUUGUCAACUUCAACUACAACAACAACUUCUUCAUGAUACAGUGGGGGAUGAUGAAGAGUUUAGAAAUAUCAAUAAAGGAAUCAAUAUAAUAAAGGCCAGACUUAGCUCAAAAAAGGUUCUUAUUGUAAUUGAUGAUGUGGAUCAGUUGCAGCAAUUAGAGCCAAUGGUCGGAAGUCCUAAUUGGUUUGGUCCAGGAAGCACAAUUAUCAUUACAACCAGAAACCAACAUCUGUUGGUUGAGUAUGGAGUGACUAUAUCAUAUAAGGCUACAGGAUUACAUUAUAGGGAAGCUCUUCAACUCUUCAGCCGACAUGCCUUUAAACAAAAUGAUCCUAAAGAAGAUUAUGUGGACCUCUCAAAUUGCAUGGUACAAUAUGCUCAAGGUCUCCCUUUGGCCCUUAAAGUUCUAGGUUCUUCUCUUCGAGGCAUGACAAUAGAUGAAUGGAAAUGUGCAUUGGAUAAAUUUAAAAAAAACCCUAUGAAGGAAAUUAAUGAUGUGCUUAGAAUAAGUUUUGAUGGGCUUGAUCCUUCUCAAAAGGAGGUUUUCCUAGACAUUGCGUGUUUUUUCAAAGGUGAAUGCAAAGAUGUCGUGUUAAGAAUAUUAGAUGGUUGCAAGUUAAAUCCAAUGUGGAACAUAAGAGUUCUAUGUGAUAGAUGUUUGGUAACUAUCUUUGGCAACGUCGUACAAAUGCAUGACUUGAUACAACAGAUGGGUUGGGCAAUUGUUCAUGAAGAAUGUCCCGGGGACCCAAACAAAUGGAGUAGAUUGUGGGAUGUUGAUGAUAUUUAUGAUGCAUUUUCUAGACAUGAGGGGAUGAAAAAUAUUCAAACCAUAUCUUUGGACUUGUCUAGAUCAAAAGAAAUACAGUUCAGUACAAAAGUGUUUGCUAAGAUGAAGAAACUUAGGUUGCUUAAAAUCUAUUGCAAUGAUCAUGGUGGUUUGACAAGAGAGGAGUAUAAAGUGCAUCUUCCUAAAGACUUUGAAUUUCCUCAUAAUUUGAGAUAUCUUCAUUGGCAAAGAUGCACAUUGAGGUCUUUACCUUCAAGGUUCUAUGGAGGGGAGCUUAUUGAAAUCAACUUGAAGUCUAGCAACAUAAAAAGGCUUUGGAAGGGGAAUAAGUGUCUUGGAAAACUAAAGGGCAUUGAUUUAAGUAACUCAAAACAGCUUGUCAAAAUGCCAAAAUUCUCAAGCAUGCCGAAUUUGGAGAGACUGAAUCUUGAAGGUUGUACAAGUUUGCGUGAACUUCAUUCAUCUAUUGGCGAUCUCAAAUGGUUGACUUACUUGAAUUUAAGAGGAUGUGAGCAGCUCCAAAGUUUACCAAAUAGCAUGAAGUUUGAAUCUCUUGAAGUCCUUAAUCUCUCAAAUUGUUCAAACUUUCAAAAAUUUCCUAAGAUCCAUGGGAAUAUGAAAUUUUUGAGGACGCUUCAUCUAUGUGAAAGUGGUAUUAAAGAACUCCCAGACAGCAUUGGGUAUUUGGAAUCUCUUCAAAUUCUUGACCUCUCACAUUGCUCAAAAUUUGAGAAAUUCCCAGAGAUAAGAGGGAAUAUGAAAUGUUUAUACAGGCUUUCUUUAGAUGGGACUGCUAUUAAGGAACUCCCAAAUAGCAUUGGGUCCUUGACCUCUCUCGAAAUUCUUUCUCUUAGCAAAUGUUCAAAGUUUGAGAAAUUUUCAGAUGUAUUUACCAAUAUGAGACAUUUAUGGAAUCUAAAUUUAUGUGAAAGUGGUAUUAAGGAACUCCCAGGCAGCAUUGGAUGUUUGGAAUCUCUUAGAGAACUUGACCUCUCAAAUUGCUCAAACUUUGAGAAAUUUUCAGAGAUCCAAUGGAAUAUGAAAUUCUUGAGGGGGCUUUAUUUACAGCACACCGCUAUUAAGGAACUCCCAAAUAGCAUUGGGUGCUUGCAGGACCUCGUAACUCUUGACCUCGGUGGUUGCUCAAAUCUUGAGAGGCUUCCUGAGAUCCAAAAAGUUAUGGGAAAUCUACAGGAUCUUUCUCUACACGAAACUGCUAUUAAAGGAUUACCCUGCUCAAUAGGUCAUCUCACUGGACUUGAUCACUUAAAUUUGGAAAAUUGUAGAAACUUGAGAAGUCUUCCAGACAUAUGUGGGUUGAAAUCCCUUAAAGACCUUGUUAUCGAUGGUUGUUCAAAUCUAGAGGCUUUUUCAGAGAUCACGGAGGAUAUGGAACAAUUAAAACGCCUUUUCUUACGUGAAACGGGCAUAACAGAGCUGCCAUCAUCAAUUGAACACCUGAGAGGUCUUCGUUCCUUGGAAUUGAUCAAUUGUAAGAACCUUGCGGCUCUUCCCAAUAGCAUUGGUAGUUUGACACGUCUUACAUAUCUUCGUGUUCGUAACUGUACAGAGCUCCAUAACUUGCCUGACAACUUGAGAAGCCUACGGUGUUGCCUAGACGAACUAGAUCUAGGUGGUUGCAAUCUGAUGGAGGGAGAAAUCCCCAGUGAUUUAUGGUGCUUAUCCUCACUGAUAUCUUUAGAUCUAAGUGAAAACCAUAUUCGUCGCAUACCCGCUGGCAUCACUCAACUUUUUAAGCUCAAAACCCUUUCCAUGAAUCACUGCCUGAUGCUUGAAGAAAUUGUAGAGCUUCCAUCAAGUUUAACAGAGAUGGAGGCACAUGGUUGUCCAUGCCUAGAAACUGAAACUUUCUCAAGUCCACUUUGGUCUUCUCUGCUCAAAUACUUCAAAUCAGCAAUUCAGUCUAGGGAGAGGACAUUUGUCAUUCCAGGAAGUAGUGGAAUACCAGAGUGGGUAAGCCAUCAGAGAAUGGGGUGUGAAGUAAGAAUAAAGCUCCCAAUGAAUUGGUAUGAAGAUAACAACUUCUUGGGAUUUGUUCUAUUCUUCCAUCAUGUUCCCCUUGAUGAUGGUGAUAAAUGUGAGACAACAAGAGGUGGUAUUGGACAUUGUGAAUUGACGAUAGCCCAUGGUGAUCAAUCUGAACGACUGAAGAAGAUAUCGUUUUAUUCUGAAUGUAAAACCUGCUGGAUUGAAUUGGACCCCUACUACAGUGGUAGCACAUCAGAUCCAGCAAUUUGGGUGACGUAUUUCCCUCAGAUUAAAAUUCCCCGUGAGUAUCGAUCCAGUUGGUGGAACAACUUUAAGGCUCACUUCCACACUGAAAUCGGUUAUGGCUCUUUUACGUGUGGCGAUAACGCAUGCUUUAAAGUGAAAAGCUGUGGGAUACAUCUCUUGUACGCCCAAGAUCAGAUCCAUUGCCCUCAGCCGUCAAGAGGAAGCCUUGGUGACAGAGAAGAUCACCCAGCCAAGACAUUAAAGAUUCUCUAGUUUCCAAAAGAUCAAAGCUUUAUUUAAACCCUAGCAAGAGAAAUUAAAUCAGAAAAAAUGAAGACAUCUCUAGUUUCCAACUCUACUCAGUACGAUAUGUCUUCUCGAUCUUUGGUUUUAUUGAAGGUUAAAAUAUUUACCAAAAUUAGUGGAAAAAAAUGUCUAGACAAUUUUUAAUAUGAUUACAUGCUUGAAAGAAUAUGAAGUUUGAUAUGGGAUUAGAUUUGGUCAAGUCAUUCAAAUAGGUUCUUUUUUUUGCUUUUAUUUUAAUUUAUUUGUUUUUAAUUAUCCCAAAAUUUUACGAAAUUUGGAGAUCCUGUAUUCUUAGGUCUAAGUUUAAAACUCCUUUAUUUUUUCUAAUAAAUAUCUUAGGACUCUAUCAAGGCUUUAUCUUCGGAAUGAAUUAUUGAAUUCAAAAAGGAAUAUCAUAUUACAAUAGCUAUUUUGGUAGGCCAAAGUUUUUGUUUGAAUUAACUUAAAUUUUUAUUUAGAGCUUGAUUUGUGAAUUGGUAGGCCAAACCAUAUGUUUUUCAAAUUGCACAAUUAUCUUAUAAGCAUGGGUUAAUAUUUAUUUUGCUCUUACUUUGCUUUAUUUUUAAAGAUGACAUUAUGAUAUACUCGUGGAACCAUGACUAAUCGUUGGUCAUGCUAAUGGAAACACGACUAACUACUGGUCCUGGAAUUGGAAGUGGUGGCUGAGAUGCAGUAUUGAACCAGAAUGAGAAUGCCAUAAAAAAGACUUUUUGUUUGGAUUGUGGAUUUUAAUUUGUAUGUUUUUAAGCAUGGAUAAUUUGAAUUGUGGAUUUUAAUUUGUAUGUUUUUAGGUAUGAAUAAUUUUAUUUAUUUGAAGUUAUUCACAAUUACUUUUAAGAA